AUUCAACACACAAUCUGUCAUUUGAUUUCGAGGUUAUGUUUUGUUUAUAAGACGAUAGAGCUGAAAUUCCUCUCGAAGAGUAACUGAAAUAAAGAAUAGUAGUUCAGUCAUUUAUACUACAACGCUUAUUACCACAAAUUGGAAUCAUGCUUGAUAAAAUUCUUUAUAACACGGUUUUAUCACAAACGCUCUCACCUUGCGGAAAAUAUUUGAUCGCCGGCAAUAUUUACAGCCAGUUAGCCGUUUACGAUCUGGACCGAAUACUCAAUCCUGUUGUCGAACUUCUAACAUCUGAUUACAACAAGCCGAAAUACAUUCACACUCUCGAAUCUGGUAGCCAAAUAUGCAGUCUAGCGAGUACAGAGAAGUUUUUAAUAGUUGGUACUGUAAAUGAAAUAUCAGGUUGGGAUUGGAAGAAUGCAGUAAGUUCAAAGCUGAGUAAACCUUCUUGGGUUAUCAGAAUACCGUCGCGAUCGUCUAUGGAACAGACUGAUGUGAAUAGUCUUUGGCUAUCUGAGGAUGAAUCAAAGCUAUAUGCUGGUUGUGGUGAUAACAACAUAUAUGUUUUCGAUUUGGAAGAUGGGAGACUAGUGUCCACAUUCAAGGGUCACAAUAAUUUUAUUCAUGCCAUUGAUGGAAGGCAACAACAACUAAUCACAGCCAGUGAGGAUGGGUGUGUGAUGCUCUGGGAUACUCGUACCAGUUCCAACCACAACAAGUUAGAGCCCCACAAUAAUAGCAAAGUCAGCCGGCCUGAAAUUGGCAAGUGGGUUGGAUCUGUAGCCCUUGGAGAGGAUUGGAUUGUCUGCGGUGGAGGCCCGCGGCUGGCACUUUGGCAUUUGCGCUCUUUGGAUGCUGUCACAGUCUUCGACAUUCCCGACCAUGGCAUCCACGUUUCCUUCUUCCACGACGACUCUGUCUUCGCCGGAGGAGCAGCCAAACAUUUUUAUCAGCUUAGUUACUCUGGAGAAGUUAAGGUGGAACUACCAGUAUCAGCUACCACAGUCUACUCUGCAGUCUUAAGAACUAAUCCCAAGGUGCUGGCCAUCGCUGGCUCCAGCCCUGAGAUAGAUCUAUGCACCACCUUCAACUACAGAGAUCAAGUUCUUCAUUUUCGAUAGGUAAGCUACAUAGUUAAAUAUCUGGACAAAUAAGUUAAUUUUAUAAUAAAA